AUGAAAAUGUUCUUGAUUCUCGUCUCUUUCUUCAUGAUUCUCGGAAGAAUUUCGUGCUCCAGUGAAGAAGAAAACAAGGAUACCAACGAAUUCAAUGGUAUUCCCACCAACAAUUGCUCGGAGAAGUACAACGCAACCUGGUUCAACCGCCAUUUUAACGAGAGCUCACCCACCUACAUGAAAGCUGGGAAUACCUUGAACGCAAAAUGUUAUCUUCUCAAUGACCAAGGAACAAUGAAUACUGCCGUUUCUACAAUCAAAAAGCAUUGUGGAAACAAACCAGCAGCUGUUAUGGUUCAGCAUGUUAAUCGAGCAAGAAAAUGUUUCCAAUGCGAACUGGCUCCACAAACUACUAUCUCCUUUCACUGA